AUGCGGUCUGUGAUGCACAAUGCAACCACUUCAGCUUCGGAUAUUUUCCGAGUGAUCGAGGAGUCAAAGCGAACUCCUUUCUCCGACCAAGUAGCCCGAGUCCGCAUCAAAGAUACUGGCAAAAUUAAGUUCUCGAGCUACGAGGGAAAGGGAGAUCCGACCAGUCAUCUUAAGACUUUCUUGUUAACAGCUAGCCGCGUAGACCUCGAACCUCAUGAAGCAGACGCUGGAUACUCCAAGUUUUUCGCAGAGACGUUUUGCGGGCCGGCUUUACUUUGGUUCGCAUCUUUAGCAGCUGGCUCCAUAAACAACUUCACGGAGAUGUCGACCUCUUUCAUUAAGGAGUAUUCUAGCUUAAUCGAAACCGCGGUAACAGACGCUCAGCUUUGGAAUUUGAGCCAAAAUGCGGGAGAGUCUCUCUGGUCUUAUAUAACAAAGUUCAAGGAAAUCCAGGACGCCUUAGACCGGGCUUUGAACUGGAUAAUUGCAGAGGAAGACAAGGCCGCCGCCGCACUGAAACAUAAAGUUCCACCUGCAGGCAAACCUCGAUUCAAAGCACCCACUAAAAAGACUCCACCUACGACUCCGAAGUCCGGACCUGGCACAUUCGCAGUCAAUCAAUCUCCCAAGAAGAAUUCUCCAAAGAGUUCGCCAUCCAAACCUCCAUUUUCACCACGUUCCAAAAGUGGAGUACUCCCAAGUAACAAAUGGGUCCGAGAUGAGGACACGUACUGCGAGCUCCACAAAACCAAUAGCCACUCCACUCGUGACUGCAAGAAACUGAUGCACCUUCUCGCAAAAAAGUACGUGGCAGGAGAGAUGCCGAAUGUAACAAUCGAGGAGUUGGAGUAG